AUGCCGAACCCAGUGGCCUACUUCGGCAAGCGAGAAGCCAUUCUGGAAGACAAGAAGUGCCCUUUGUGUUUGGCACUAUUCUCAAUCGCAGGAGAUGAACAAGAUGACCCAACCGGUACCGGCACAGAUAGGUACUGUAUGUACGCCAUCCCAAGUCAACUGGCAUAUCGCAGUCAGAAAACACCUUCAAAUGGCGAGUUUGGAGAUCGUUUCCUCGAACGAGCAAAGGCGCAACAUGAUUCAACUUGGCUGGUGCUUCGUAAUCAACAUAUAUCCAUGGGCCCUUUCUGGUUCACCAGCGUGCUACAAUCUGCGCACAAUUUCGGAUGCUUGGCUGAGUAUGCCGAUGAAUUCAAUGGGAUUGGCCAGAAGGUUCGACUCAUUAAUCCUGCAAGGGUAGACUUCAACGUCAUCAAACGAUGGCUUGCACUUUGCGAAGGGCAGCAUGGGAAACUCUGCAACCCGCCUAUGCAAAGCCGUUCUUUGCCAAAGGGCUUCACAGUCAUCAACUGUGUAUCUCGGAACCUGGAGCCGCUACCAGCCGAGGCCAAGUUCGCUGCCUUGUCUUAUGUUUGGGGAGCGAGCACAUCUACCAGCACAUCUAAAUCUGCUUCUAUGUUUCCACGGACGAUUGAAGACUCCAUUGCCGUGGCGCUCGGGCUUGGACUUGCCUACAUAUGGAUCGACAGAUAUUGUGUGCCACAGCAGGAUUGUCCAGAGAAACUCGAGCAAAUUCAGAAGAUGCACGAAAUCUACCGUGAAGCAGACCUGACAAUCGUCGCUGCAGCUGGAGAAGGGCCCGAUCAUGGCCUUCCUGGUAUCAGCGCAUCCAGAGCCAAAGCACCAUCUGUCGACUUACGCAUCGGAUCCCAUCGCAUACUAUCCACGGGGAAAAGCGUACAAGAAACACUUCGCGGCACAGUAUGGGCAUCGCGAGCCUGGACAUAUCAAGAAGGCCUUGUUUCUCGCAGGAAGCUCAUCUUCACCGAUGAACAGGUUUACCUCCAUUGCAUGCAGCGUGAGUUCCGCGAAACGAUUGACCAAGACUACUCCCUGCUGGCACGGAGUGAUAGCGACGACCUUUCCACGCCAUUCCAGUGCGGGAUAUUGCAUCUUAUUCCGCAGAAACAAGGCCUAGAGAGCGUCUACUGGCUCAUAGGAGAUUUCUCUAAGAGAAAGAUUACAUUCCAAAGCGACACUCUGAAUGCACUUCUGGGUGUUCUCAAUUUCUUCCAAGAGGCAUAUCCAGACGAGUUCCGUCAUAUCUGGGGCCAGCCGAUUCCGUACAAAAAAACUUCUUCCAUGGGAGACAUCGUGGCAUCUGCUAUGAGGUGGCAACAUAGGAACAAAGUAGAGCGGAGACCAGAGUUCCCAAGCUGGUCAUGGAUCGGAUGGACAGGUAGCGCUUUGCCAUUCGGCUUUGAAGCAUACUCGGAGGAUAUCAAGGCUUCUUUAUUACUCAAAGAUGGAAGCACCAUUGAGGAUGCUCAUGCCCUUACAGACCCAGCAAGCUUUCAGGGUUUGUCUGAAAAGCUGAGUAGAUAUUUACUCAUCGAAGCGGAUACGGUGAACGUUUGUAUCCGGCAGAAAACUGGCGGCGAUGGAGACUAUAUAAAUAUGUGGGAGCCUUGCUUUGUCAAAGACAGCAUCGAAGUGGGAGAUAUCACAGACGCGAAAGGGUUUGAAGUAACCCAGACAGUGAAAAAGGGGGAUGGCACAUAUGAAGCUCUGCAAGCUGGUCGUACCUGGCUGGGUAUAGUACUCCCUAAGGCUGAUCUUGUUAUUGUGUUGAAGGACAUGGGAGACUCCUAUGAAAGAUUUGGUUAUAUUGAUGUUAGGUUCUCUGAGUCUGGAGCUAAACUCAGCGAACUCUUCCUUGGGCGGAAACAGAUUCGCCUUGGGUAG